ACGCAACAAACACAAGGAUCUCAUGAUGAUUUUACGCAACAAACGAGCGGUAAACUUGAGUUCGGUCAGCAAACCAUGGAUAAACAUCAAUUAGAAGACUUCACGCAACAGACCGAAGGUCAACUGGAAUUUGGACAGCAAAGUGAUGAUCAACAAUCAGGGAAAGUAUUGCAGCAUAUUGAAAAACUCGAACAAAGAACACCGCGAUCCAACAGUUUGGCACAACAAACUGUAGAUAAGGUUGAAAUCGGACAUCACAGUAAUCAACAUUUAGAAGACUUAACACAGCAAAAUGAACAAUUUGCUGAGCAAACACAAGGAUCGAAUUAUUUCACACAACAAACGAGUGGUAAACUGACGUUCGGUCAGCAAACAGUUGGUGAACACCAAUUGGAAGACUUGACACAGAACAGUGAUGAACAAUUUACGCAACAAACAGAAGGUCAACUUGAAUUUGGACAACAUUCUGUUGGUAAUCAGCACUUAGAAGACUUUACACAGAAAAAUAAGCAAUUUGAUAACGAUUUUACACAACAAACAAUGGGACAUAUAGAAUUUGGUCGACCAGAAAUCGAAGACUUGACUCAGCAGGAAAAUGAAGAUUUGACUCAACAAACAGGAGGAUUCGAUGAUUUUACUCAACAAACAUCGGGACAUCAUCAGUCACAAGAACAUCAACAAAGGCCUAGCUGGUCGGAAUAUAAUACACAACAUAUGGGGCAAUUUUCUCAACAAACUGAUUGGAAUGCAAAUAUUCUUCCACAUCGACGCCCAUCUCACACCAACGAACCAUCAGACCAAUGGCAAUUAGAACAAAUGUCGCAGCAAACGGAUUUUGAUCGAGAUUUUACUCAACAAACUGAUCACCAAUCAGCACCAAAACCGGCACCAAAACCGAAACCAAGACCACGAUAUCAUCAACAUGCUUACAUUCCAUCAGAAAAAGAUACAAAUAUCGAUAACACUUAUAAAUUGAAAGUACCCAUUGAAGUACAUUCGGAGCCUGAUAUAGAUACUCCUGAAGGAACUUCUACAUCUGAUUAUCGUAGAUCACAGGUUGUAUAUUCGCAUAAUCCAGGAACCAGCGUGUAUAACAAUGGAGAAGAGAACUUAGAUCGUUUGCACUGGAUACAUAAGUCGAACGAUGCUUCGGUAGGCUUGCAAUGGCAUUAUACGUAUCAUCCCAGUGAUCUAAUUAAUGUUGAGGGCACUUAUUAUGGUCCUAAUAUCAACCCUACAUCGCAACAUACGCAAGAAACACAACAACAGUCAAACCAAUUUGAUUUUAGUCAACAGGAAACGCAAGACAAACAUGUAUUUGAACAGAACCAGCAGUUAGGAUCUUCUCAACAAAUCGAAACAUCUCACUCUGAGAAUCAGUUCAAUCAAAAUUCCGAGGAAAUUCCGGCAAGAGUGAUUCCUCUGCAGAAUUCACAGCGAACUACAGAAUUGGAAAAACAACGGGUGCAAGUUGCAGGACAAACUGAAGAACCUCAAAUAGAACCGCGAAUUUUACAAGCAUUCGGUGGAGGACCAUAUGACCCGUCACAUACUGAUGAUACCUACAGCAAAGUUACAAUAAAUCCUAGUGCUACUUUGCCACCUAUAUACAUUGACGAUCCUUGGGACAUUAGAGAGAAACCAAGGGAGAUGAUACCUUGGGUAGUGGCGCAUACAAUGUCUACAGAGAACACACCAAAACCUAUUGACACAACUACACCGGUAGUGGAAACUACAACACCUAUAACAGAAACUACAACAGGAUCUUUCUGGAACAAGCUUGGCAGGAGACUAACUGUCACAUAUGGCAAAGCUAAAGAAAAAGCUAAGGAAAUCUUUGGUUGAAAGUUACAUUAGUUACCAACAAGUAAAAAGAGGAAAUCAAGGAAUCAAGAAUAAAACAUAUAAUUGCAACAUAUGAGCUAACUCGAAUAGAAUUAUUCUAAUUAGUAUUAUAAGAAAUAUAAUUAAUAUAAAGCUAAGUCACAUUUUUUACUUUUUAUGUAAAUAAAAAAUGUUUUUCUAAUAAUAGCUUGACCCAUCAUGAUUUCUGUACAUAUAAGCACUUAGAUUUUCAUGUGUUUCAUAUGUGAUUACUUAUAUUAUUCUGUCUGUUCAAAAUAUGACACCUAUUUCUCUCAUACAAUAUCAUUUAUCUAUGUCAAAUAUAGAAAAACAAAGAAUUUACUGAAACUGUAAUUAUUACA